CCGCCCACCAUGGCUGCCGCCGGCCUUGCACGCCGCGCUCCCACCUCCGGCCUUCCUCCACCCAAGCCGGCCACCGAAAUAGCUUCUCCACCUCCCACUGAUUCUCCACGGCCCAACCCCGCUUGCCCAGCCACGCCAGAACGCCGCCGCAGCGGCACAGUACCACUGCCGGCCGCGCACCCGCCGUGGAACCGCCGCCACGGACCACCUCCUCAUGCUCCAAGGCCACCUACAGGGACUCCAGACAGCAAUAGAAAGAACCCCAGGGUGUUUUCUGCGAAGUCCAUGACUCAGGUACGAUAGAUGAACCAUAUGAAGGACGUGCUACUGGAGCCGAACCCGAAGACGAAUGGAUGGAACCCGAUGUGCAUGACCGAAGGAAGAUGCUCGCCAAGCGAGUAUCAUCUAACUAACACUGACUUAGUGUUAAUCCCAGGCAAGCCCCGGAGCAUAACCUAUUAUUUUAACUUAUGAAAA